AUGGAUAGGAGAAGUGUGGGUGAAACAGAAAAUGGAGACGCCUUCCUUGACCUGAAGAAGUUGCAGACCUCCAGAUUGCCUCACCGCUACACAAAAGAGGAGCUCUUGGAUAUAAAAGAACAUCCCUAUUCCAAACAAAGGCCUUCAUGCCUUUCAGAAAAAUAUGACAGUGGUGACGGCGUCUGGGACCCGGAGAAGUGGCAUGCCUCUCUCUACCCAGCUUCAGGGCGGAGCUCGCCAGUGGAAAAUCUCAAGAAAGAGCUGGAUCCAGACCGAGCUUCCUUGGUGCGCAGGGUAGCAGAUCCCCGAGAGCGCGUGAAGGAAGACGACUUAGAUGUUGUUCUCAGUCCACAGAGAAGAAGCUUUGGCGGAGGCUGCCACGUGACGGCUGCUGUGAGCUCCCGGUGCACAGGAAGCUCGCUGGAGAAAGACAGCGAUGGGCUUCGCCUGCUGGGUGCUCGCCGCAUCGGCAGUGGGAGAAUCAUCUCUGCUCGGACGUUUGAGAAGGAUCACCGCCUUAGCGAUAAGGACCUCCGGGACUUGAGAGACAGAGACCGCGAGAGGGACUACAAAGACAAGCGUUUCAGGAGAGAGUUUGGGGACAGUAAGCGUGUCUUUGGUGAGCGUCGGAGAAAUGAUUCCUACACAGAAGAGGAGCCAGAGUGGUUCUCGGCUGGCCCUACAAGUCAGUCUGAAACCAUUGAGCUGACGGGCUUCGAUGAGAAGAUACUGGAAGAGGAUCCCAAAGGGAGGAAGAGAACACGGCGCCGGACGGCUUCCGUGAAGGAAGGCCUAGUCGAGUGCAAUGGAGGAGUGGCCGAAGAGGAUGAGGUGGAGGUCAUUCUUGCGCAGGAGCCUGCAGCUGAUCAGGAGGUGCCGAGGGACGCCAUCUUGCCCGAGCAGUCCCCAGGAGAAUUUGACUUUAAUGAGUUCUUUAACCUUGAUAAGGUGCCGUGCUUGGCUUCGAUGAUAGAAGAUGUUUUGGGAGAAGGGUCGGUCUCUGCCAGCCGCUUCAGUAGGUGGUUCUCUAACCCCAGCCGGUCCGGAAGCCGCUCGAGCAGCCUUGGGUCCACACCACAUGAAGAACUGGAACGGCUUGCAGGUCUGGAGCAAGCUAUCCUCUCUCCUGGACAGAACUCGGGGAAUUACUUUGCUCCUAUACCACUGGAAGAUCACACCGAAAAUAAAGUUGAUAUUUUGGAAAUGCUACAGAAAGCCAAAGUGGACUUAAAACCUCUUCUCUCCAGCCUUUCUGCAAAUAAGGAAAAACUGAAAGAAAGCUCACAUUCAGGAGUGGUUCUUUCAGUGGAAGAGGUAGAAGCAGGGCUCAAGGGUUUGAAGGUGGACCAACAAGUAAAGAAUUCAACUCCCUUCAUGGCAGAACAUUUAGAGGAGACCCUCAACGCUGUAACAAACAAUCGGCAGCUGAAAAAAGAUGGAGAUAUGACUGCGUUCAACAAGCUCGUGAGCACCAUGAAGGCAAGCGGGACUCUGCCUUCGCAGCCCAGAGCCAGUCGAAACCUUGAAAGCCAUUUGAUGUCUCCUGCUGAGAUUCCAGGCCAGCCUGUGUCUAAGAACAUCCUCCAGGAACUUCUGGGUCCACCUAUCCAGAGACCGGCUUCUUCCAAUCUUCUGAGUGGCCUUAUGGGAAGCUUGGAGCCCACAGCAUCUUUACUGGGCCAAAGAGCACCCUUGCCCCCCUUGUCACAGGUGUUUCAAACGCGAGCAGCCUCAGCAGACUAUCUUCGCCCUAGGAUAUCAUCACCAGUCGGCUUCUCAUCGGGGCCACAGCAGCUUCUGGGAGACCCGUUCCAAGGCAUGCACAAGCCCAUGAGCCCCAUCACAGCCCAGAUGAGCCAGCUGGAGCUGCAGCAGGCCGCUUUGGAGGGGCUGGCCUUGCCACCUGACCUUGCAAUGCAGACAGCUAACUUCUACCAGCCUGACUUCGGCAAACCACAGGUGGAUAGAACCAGAGAUGGAUUCAGAAACAGGCAGCAGCGAGUGGCCAAGUCGCCAGCACCCGUGCAUCAAGGGAAUUCCUCUUCGCCUGCUCCCUCAGCCUCCAUCACAAGCAUGCUUUCUCCUUCCUUCACCCCUACCUCAGUGAUUCGUAAGAUGUACGAGAGCAAAGAGAAAAGCAAGGAGGAGCCGGCACCUGGCAAAGCUUCUCUUGGUGACAGGAAAGAGGACACGCAGAAGGCCAGUGAAGAGACCCUCCUGUCAUCCAACUCUGUGUCCAAUGCCGAUCAAGAUUCCUCGCCCACUACACAUCCCAAACUCUCAACGCUGCAGCGGUCUUCCUGUUCUAUGUCCAUGUCCCAAACCAACCGUUACACCAAAGAACAAGAUUAUCGCCCUAAAAUGACUGGGAGAAAAACACCCACGUUGGCUUCCCCAGUUCCAGGAGCACCUUUUCUCCGCCCUGUCCACCAAGUCCCCCUUGUCCCUCAUGUACUGAUUGUGCGGCCUCCACACCAGCUUCACCCAGGACUGGUCCAGAGGAUGCUGACCCAGGGAGUACACCCUCAGCAUCUGCCAAGUUUGCUUCAAGCUGGUGUGCUUCCUCCUGGGAUGGACCUGACUCAUUUACAGGGACUGUCCGGCCCGAUCCUGGGCCAGCCCUUCUACCCCUUGCCUGCUGCUGGUCACCCUCUCCUAAACCCCCGUCCUGGGACACCUCUGCACCUGGCAGUGAUGCAGCAGCAGCUCCAGCGCUCAGUUCUGCAUCCUCCAGGUUCAGGUUCUCAGACAGCGGCUGUCAAUGUCCCAAUGACGCCCCAGAAUGUGCCCAGCCGGUCAGGCCUGCCAUUUGAAAGGGCCUGCUCCAACCUUAAGCCGGGCUGA